GUUGUGAUCGCUCUUCAUCCUUCGUCUACCUUCACUCACCUCGUCCUUUUAAAGCUGCGCUCAAUCGACAGGCAGAGAUGAGUGCUUCGCACACGAUACCUCGUAUCCCGCCCGGGAUCACCGCCGACUCAGUCCCGGACAGCUCCGUCUCUGAUAUCUCCAGGUCACCAAACAAGGCGGCCCAGGGCUCCAACUACGACUCGCCUAACAACUCGUACGACACGUCCGUACCCUCGAUCGAAGAUGACGGUGACCUCUUUCCGCGUUCAUCAUGGACUGACAACGCGUUCCCGCCGGUCCCCUUCGGCAACAGCUCCAACCUUGUUGGGCGCACAAACUGGGCAGCACGCAAUGCCAGCCGCCUUCUUGCCGCUGCCUUAUCGCCCGACGGCGACAUUGGAGAUAUCGACGCCCUAAUGUUCAAGCUGGCGUGCUUUGACAAGGUCUAUGAGAUCAACAGCGGCGAAUGGCACGAUCGCUUGAUCAACCGUCGUCGCUUUGCCAAGAAGUCGAUGUGGAUGGAGCACGUCGACGAUAUGAUUCACCAGGUCUAUGAUAUGGCUUCGUCGACGCUUAGCAUGGCCGGGCGGCGCUCUCCUCCCGCAUCGGAACACGAUGUGCGCGACUUCUGUCGCAUGCUCAUGGCCCGCUGCGCCGAUGCCUUGUAUGACGGCAAGAUCAACGACUAUCAAGCCAAGACGUACACACCUGCUGCCUUUGGCCGCUUUGACCCCGACCUCAUGAACAAGGCUGAGGUUGCCGAUUAUGUUACCACCAUGUUUAAAAUGCACGACGUGGGCGGGGGCCACUACGUGGUCGACACAAUCUACGUGGAGGAGGACCCGACCGACAUUCGUCGCCCGACGGAGGUUUGAUGCACCGCGGUGGAGUGUGAGGAGAGGCGGCGCGAACAUACCGUUAGUGUUUGUAGGAUCUGUUUCUGCAUGUAUAGUGUUGC